AUGCGACCGGUGAAUUGGCCCUUUCGAGAUGUGAAGCUUGCGCGCCUCGUCACCCGGCCGAGUUUGACCCCGUUUGCGACGACGACUCUUGCUUUGCCGACAUGGCUGGCCGAGCCCCGGCUGGAUCGCGUUCGAUCCAUUGCCAUUGCCGCACAUGUCAACGCCCAUCUGGUCCCGCCGUCCGGAGCUGAUACCACCUCGAUAUCUACCGCGCCCCUGGCCCCUCGGCGCCAGGACCUGCCCAAGUCCUACGUACAGGAUGCUGCCUCGUUUGGCAAGUGGCGGAUCUUGCUCGACAAUCCUCAUCGUCUCGCUGUUGAGACCGACUUUGAUCGAGAGGGGCCUGCUCGGAAGUGGGGACAGCAGCUGCUUGUCGAUGUCCUGGGCAAUCACGGUGACCUGAAGCUGUGGAGUUGCCUUUUGCAGCAUCUCCAGAGGACCCGAGGUGAUCGGGGUGUGCAGAAGCUAUGGAAUGCCUUCUGGGGACGCAAGUCACUGUGGAAGACCGACGACCUGCCCGACCAGAUCUUCUGGCAGACCAUCCUGGAGUCGGCCCUCCGCUUGGACGACGACAAGUUUCUGCACAGCGUAUACAUCUAUGCCGAGUGGAUGCUCGACAUCCAUGGGUCCGAAUGGCCCAAUCUAUACACCACUAUCUUGUCCUAUUACCUGCGCACCCAUCAGCACGCCCAGGUCUUGAAGUGGCACAUUCGCCUCACACCCAACUACUACCCGGGCUCGCGCGCAUUCGUUGAUUUGAUACGCCAUUUUGCCACUGACCAUGUCAUCGCCUCUGCAUACACCCUUCAGUCUCUGUACAUAGCAAGUCCUGAGCGCCGCCUCUACGACCUCAUCGUGCCAUACCUCUACGACCGUGGUGAAGCCUCGCUGGCUGUCCAGUGGCGCAAGACCUGCGUCAAGUUCGACGAUGUACCCCUAUUCCAUGCGCCCUCCAGGCAGUUUUUGAGGUGGUAUCAAGGCUACUGGCCAAAUGUAAAGCUGCACCCUUGGGAAAGUGCUGCUUUAAAGGAGUCUAUCCCUGCACCUACCUUGGACGGAGGUAACAUCCAGCCGCCGGUAUCUCGAGAGUACAUGAACUCCGUUCUCGGAAAGACAUUUGGCUUUCCGGCCAAGUCCUACAAUGAUCAUCUGGGAUCACGGUGGUUUGGCAGCACUUGGGUCAGUCUGGACACAGCCAUAUCCGUGGUGGCUGCGCUUGGUGUCAAGAAGAUUGGUACGCUGUCUCUGCGGUCUAUCUGUCAGAGAGAGAGAACUCCAGAGGGCAUCCUCAGCCGGAUCUCGCAGCUUCAAAGCAUGGGCGUCAACAUCCCAGGAUCCGCUUUUGCGACGACCGUCGUAAAGUUUGCGACAGUGCGGGACAACGAGCUACUCUCUGAUCUCUUGGAUGUCGAUCUGGAUCCAUCGACUUUCGGCGACCCCGUGAUGUUGACCAGCCUGAUGGAAUCAAGUGCCGCAUCAGGAGAUUUGCGAACUUAUACUUUACUCCUAGCUUCGAGGCUCGCACAAGCCGAAAAGGCUAGUCGAGAUAUGGCCAACAAACUGGUGCUGUUCUACUUGCGUCGAAAGGAUCACGGCCCGGUCCUGCGCCUCAUCGACGACAUGCGAGGGGCUGAAGUGGCCUUCAAUGUCUCAACCUGCAACUCCAUCUAUCAAUACAUUGGCGAGAAUGUAAGGUUGCAUCCUCCAUUCGACCUCCCGCGGGAAGAACUGUUGUUCUGCGUUGCGUUAUGCCGCAGGCUGAUAGCUGUCGAUGUCCCGGUCCCGGCUACGCGCUGGAGAAAGAUCAUGUACCAGCUUGGUCGGGUCGGCCAGAUUGACCAACUAUGCGCACUUACCAACGAGCUGGUGGACUACUAUAGCACCAGGCAGUCAGCGCGUUCGGGUUUUAUGCCGGUCCAUUGGCAAGAUGUGCCUGAACCCAUGGUGCUCCCAUUGAAGGGAGUAAGCAACCUGAUUGGACUCUACAUCCCGCUGGAUACUCCGAGGUUCUCCCUCCUACAUCCUCUAAGUCAAAUUUUCAACGCUCGGUGGCAGUCUGAGUUCGUCCGUUGGGCCUUUCGCAGAAUUCAUCGGCGCCUACCGUCUACUCCUCUGCUGAGAAGUGGAUCGAAUCGGACGGCAAAGCCCGUGCAACACGACAUUGAAAAGGCGCUCGUAGUGCUUCGCAAGCUGCAUGACUGUGGGGUGAACGUUCCCCUGUCAAAGCUCCAAAAGACGUUGAUAAUUCGCCUCUCUGAGAUUUACGGCAGCACACCUGGGACAAAGGGCAGGCUGCACACCAUCAGGCGAUCGGCCCCCACCGCCUUCUCUCUCCCUCAAAUGAAAGCAAUGCUUGAUGAAGCCUGGGGCAGUGAGAUCCUUCCUCCCCUCGAGGAGCUGCAGCGACGGAUGCGUGAGUUCGACUUGAGGCAUAUGAGGCGCCACAAUACAUUUGUCACCAAGGCUCUGGAAGACCGUCCGGACUGGAAAAUCGGCCCCGGAACUGUCUUCUGGCCGGAGCAAGACGAGUCGGAAGAUUAUAUACAUGUACAUUAG